AUGGUGUCCCCUACUCUAGCGCGUUUGACCGCGCAGGUCCACAUUACCGGAUAUCCCAUGCCAAAGAACCUAGCCGAAAGCAAGCUGCUACUAGGCGCCCUCCAGAAAUUCGGAGAUUACGACACAACCAAUACCUCACCAAACCCCAACCGCCCUAUCGUCGCGAUUUUCGAUACAGCCGACGCAGCAGACCGCGCGAUAGCAGCUUCGCCCAUAACAAUUCCUCUACCGACAUCCACAUCAACCUCCGCCUCUAAAUCUCACCCUACAACCUCUAUUCCAUUUACAUCAACCACGAAUCAAACCCCAGAUACCCCUCGCUCACUGACCUUCGAGAUCCAACACUCGCGCCACAACCACGCGUCCGCCCUCAAACGAAGCCCCUUCUACUCCACCUACAACCUCUUUAAAAACAACCCAGUCUAUGAAGAUCUGAUCAGCGAGGAGACCGGUAUCCCGCUCAAAGAACUGGCUGAUACGCUCUCGAGCAAGAAGUAUCCUAUCGGCGCUGGCGUCAAGUUUAAUAUCCAAGAAGAGAAUCGGCGCAUGGGCGCGACAAGCUUGGUGAAUAUGUGGAAGGAGGGAAUGGGUAUUGAGAUUGAGAAUGAGGGGCGGGAUUCUGGUGAGAAUGGAUCUGAGAUUGAAAAUGUCGGUGGUGGUAUUCGGGAGCCUGGGGAGGGAUUGGACGAGAAGAAGAGCUCAGUGGUUUGA